AUGGUGCUGGCCGAUCACUUGCGCUUUGUUCGAAACCAAUAUGGCCACUGCCGGGAUUGUUGUCAAAAGUCAAAAUGCUCAAAUAGAAACACUAUCAGGAAGUGUGGUGUGCAUUGUACAUGUUCGCAAUGUCUUUCGGUAAGCGGGCGCAAUGAGCCCGCCCUGGUAUUAUCGACCGGUUCAGCUGUGCUACUCAUGGGCGUGGAGCGUGGAAGCAGCGACGGGGCGGGCGGUCUCAAUGGCGCCGCGUCAGGUCGCAGCGAGGAGCCCGCUCGCAAACGGCCCAAGCUGAUCCUUGCUGAUGACGCGUCACCACUGCGAAAGCGGAUACUGGAAUAUAAACUCUUGAGGUUAAAAAAUCUAAGGGACAGGUUUACAGACCAGUUAAAUGAACAGUAUUUCCUCGAAGCAGGGGGUAACAUGAUGGACUAUGCUGCAUGGCGGAAACGACCUCCGGCUCCUCAACUUGUUGCUUUUAUUGAGGCAAGACGUCCUGCCGCUACAUUGCCACCACCUCCAGAGCCAGAGAUAGUAGAACCUCCUGUGGAGCCAGUGCCUCCACCCUUGUCGGUUAUCGCACCCGCAGUGAGUGCUGCUGAUGAAAUGGUGGAGAAAGCAAAGCAAGAGGCCUAUGUAGCGGGACGCGUAGGUGAGCUGAUGAGAUUAGGGCUGUGGUCAGAGCGAAGACUACCGCGUGUAUUAGAUCCGCCGCGCGCCAAAACGCAUUGGGAUUACUUGCUUGAGGAAAUGGCCUGGUUGGCACAGGAUUUUGCACAUGAACGGAAAUGGAAGAAACAGGCAGCAAAAAAGUGUGCACGAGCCGUCCAAAAAUAUUUUCAAGAUAAAGCUUUAGCUGCACAGAAAGCUGAAAAGGCACAAGAGUUGCAACUGAGGAAAAUAGCCGCAUUUGCUGCUAAAGAAAUUAGAACAUUUUGGGCUAAUGUUGAGAAGGUAGUCGAAUGGAAACGCGAGCGACGCGUGGAGCGCGCUCGCAAAGAGGCAUUGGAUGAGCAGCUCAGCUAUAUAGUAGACCGCACCGAGCGCUAUUCUCGUCAAUUGGCGGCCAAUCUCCACGCACCCGCUCAGCAGGCCCUGCCUAACAACAUUUCCGAUGAUGAAUUUGAGCCCCGGGACGACUCCGACGACGACGAAGAGACUAUAGCUGCCGCCGAACAAGAGGCCGCACACGACGCGACAGAUCAUCGUCAAGAGCUAGAUGCGCUGCGUCGCGAAUCGAGCCUCGAUCUUCGCGAUCUCUUACCGCCCGGGUACUUGCCCGCACAUUCCCCUCCCCCCUCCGGGGAUUCGGCGGACGACGAGGAGACUAUCGCAGAACAGGAACGGAACGAACGGCCCGAGGAUACGGCUGCCGAACUUGACGCAUUGCGGCACGAAGCGGAUCUCGACAUCGAUGAGCUUAUGCGCAAGUAUAAGAGUCAACCGCCGACGCCAUCCGACGCGCAUUCGGCGCCUUCGGACGAGACAGAGUCGGAGGGAGAGUCGAGUUCGUCUGAACAUUUAGAAGCGCUAAUGGAGACCGACGGCGCCAGCGAAGUGGAGGGUGCGGGCACUCAGCGCGUCGAGGCUGCGGCUUCCCUGGCGCAGUCGUUGCAGCCCACGGGCACAACUCUCUCGUCGACGUCUGUGGGCACGCCUGUGCCGCGACUGUUGCGCCACUCAUUACGGGAGUAUCAGCACGUGGGAUUGCACUGGCUAGCCACGAUGCACGCGCGCUGCCUCAAUGGCAUCCUGGCCGACGAGAUGGGCCUCGGUAAAACGAUUCAGACGAUAGCGUUAUUAGCGCAUUUGGCUCUGGAGCGCCACGACUGGGGUCCGCAUUUGGUGGUGGCUCCCACCUCCGUUGUGCUCAACUGGGAGAUGGAGUUCAAGAAGUGGUGUCCGGCCUUUAAACUACUUACCUACUAUGGUACUAUCAAAGAACGCAAACUGAAACGGGUCGGUUGGACAAAGACAAAUUCUUUUCAUGUCUGCAUCACCUCCUAUAAACUAGUCGUUCAGGAUCAUCAGAGUUUUCGUAGAAAAAGGUGGAAAUAUUUGAUACUCGAUGAGGCACAAAACAUAAAAAACUUCAAGUCGCAACGGUGGCAAAUGUUGUUAAAUUUUCAAACAGAAAGGCGGUUGCUUCUAACGGGGACGCCUCUACAGAACAGUUUGUUGGAGCUGUGGUCGCUUAUGCACUUUUUGAUGCCGGAUGUGUUCGCUUCGCAUUCGGAAUUCCGAGAGUGGUUCGCACCGGUGGCCGGCAUCGCGGACGGUACGCACCGCUACAGUGACGAUUUGGUCCGCCGCCUUCACGAGAUACUACGGCCCUUCCUUUUGCGGCGGUUGAAAGCGGACGUAGAACGGCAGAUGCCCCGUAAAUACGAACACGUGGUGAUGUGUCGGCUCGCCAGACGCCAACGGUUCCUUUACGACGACUUCAUGUCGCGGGCUAAAACGAAAGAAAGUCUGGCGUCCGGCAACCUCCUAAGCGUGAUCAACGUGUUGAUGCAGCUGCGCAAGGUGUGCAAUCACCCCGACCUAUUCGAGCCCCGUCCGGUCACUUCGCCUCUGCACUUGUCGGCCCUUCAGUUGCGGGUUCCCGCUCUAGUGCUCGUGUCGGAGAUCGCGGUGCGCGAAGACGUCGCCGCAAGCCUCGCCGGAGAUCUCGCCUCGCUCGAGCUUUGCGGGGGGGAGGCUUUCGCGGCGCACCGCGCGCGCCAUCUGGCUCCUCCGCGGCGUCUCGUGGAAGAGCUUGCCGGUCCUGCUCCUUGCGCACGAGCCCCGAGACCUCCGCCGGCCGCACUUCGCUUGCACCUUCGCCUGGUGCCGCGCGCCCCGCCAUCCGCCGCUCGCGCAGCGCCGCCACCGCGUCUUCUGUCCGCUCCGACGCUGCGCUCUACGCCCGCAGCUUCCGCACAAAGCGUAGCGGAGGCGACUGCGGGCGCCGGCGCACGGCUCGAAGCGGCGAGGCGGGGCUGCUUUAGGCGACUGGCAGCGGUAAACGAGCGCAGAUGCUGGCGAUUGCCGCUUUACGGAGCCGAUCUACGCACGGCCUUGGAAGUGCAAACGCCACCACCGUCGAUACCGUCGCUCUCGCCUAAAACCAUCGAUGACGUCCUUCGUGAAAUGCAUGACCUUAUCGACCGGUUCGGCGUAUGCUGCGGGGGUUGUCGCGCACCCGCUUCAGCGCUAGUUGCGGGACGAGGAGUGGGAGCGCGAGAGUGGCGCCGCAGCGUCGACCGUCUCAACCGCGACUUGGCGCCUUCGCUGCGCGCCGCGUUACGGUCGCUGCACACGCCUGUCCUUCGACAGGCCGUCGCCUUCCCGCAUCCGCGCCUCCUUCAGUACGAUUGUGGCAAACUGCAGACCCUAGACUCGCUCCUUCGCCGACUCAGAGCCGGCGGCCACCGGGUGCUCAUAUUCACGCAAAUGACGAGGGUCCUAGACGUGCUCGAGGCGUUCCUGUCGCUUCAUGGCCACACGUAUCUGCGGCUCGACGGCAGCACCCGCGUCGACGUGCGACAACCGCUCGUCGACCGCUUCAACAGCGACCCGCGCAUUUUCGCCUUUAUCCUCUCGACGCGCAGUGGAGGCGUCGGUCUCAACCUGACGGGCGCAGAUUCCGUCGUGUUUUACGAUUCAGAUUGGAACCCGACGAUGGACGCGCAGGCUCAGGACCGGUGUCAUCGUAUAGGUCAGACUCGCGACGUGCACGUCUAUCGGCUCGUCACGGCCGCCACCGUCGAAGAGAACAUCCUGCGCAAGGCCGAGCAGAAGCGAACUCUAGGCAACUUGGCCAUCGAGGACGGCCACUUUACCACCUCCUACUUGCGGGCCGCCAACAUACAAGAACUGUUCGGAGGCAGCGGUGACCCCGUCAAGGAGGGGUCUGCGGAAACGGCGAGCGGAGAGGGGGAACUGGAGAGCGCGUUAGCCGCGUGCGAGGAUGAGGCGGACGCCGUGGCCGCACAGGCGGCGCGCGCCGAAGCCCAAGGAGACCUCGCCGAGUUCGACGAGAAUGUCCCUCUCGAUGACCUGUCCGACACGCCUGCGACUGCUAAUCAACAUCCUGACCAGAAGGACGAGUUCGCAGCGCUCAUGAAGCAGCUGAGCCCGGUGGAGAGAUACGCUAUGCGCGUCGUCGAGGCCAGCGAAGCCGGCGGAGAAGCGGAGAGGGCCGCGCUGGCCGACAUGCGGCGACAAUUGCGGGACUGGGAGCAGGCGCGGAGGAACCUGCGCGACCAGGCCGACGCGACGCAGCGGGACGAGCGGCUGAGCUCGCCCGACCGGAACGACGCAGACGCGAACGAAGUGCUUACGUACAGCGGCGAAGACGCACGCACACAGGUGUGGUUGAGUGACUUAGGUGCUGUCGAAAACAUGCCGAUCUGGUGUCCGCCUACGCCUCCUUCCAGCGACAGCGACGUGUACUGCGAGAGUUGGGCGCGCGCCCUGUACAGGCGGGGCGCCGCCGCCGACGCGCUGCUGCCCGCCGUGCGGUGGCGCGACGCACGCUCGGCGCGCUCGCCGCGGCGCAUUCGCCCCGCCGCACGGGCUGCACCGGCUCCGCCGUCGCUCUUCGGAGCGCGACCACGUCCUCGCUUGCGCCCCGCUCACUCGCAUCCGCCGCUGCGCGACCCGGCCUUACCGCCGCCCGACUGGGCCGCCUGCGAGGAGGCCGCCCUGCGUCGUGCGCUUCGUUCGCAACGGCUCCCCGCCGAGCCCGCCGCCGCUCUCGCGCCCAACUGGGAGUGGCUCGCCGAACUCGUGAAUGAGGUUUCGCGGGCGUAUCGCUCUCCGCGCGCUUGUCGCGAUCGCCACGACGCGCUCGCCGACCCGGAACGCGCGCGUCGAAAGCACCGCAAGCCGGCGCCGGCACGCCGCCGCGCGGACGACGAGGCUCCGCGACCGCCCUUGUCUCGCCUCGACGCAAUGCGGGACGCUGCCGAACGUCGCCGCGCCGCACCCAAACGUCGGCUCGACGACGCCGCUCAUAGGAACCCCAAACAUGCGGCCCUGCUCGCCGACCACGGAGUCGACUAUGAAGCCCCCCCUACGCCGAUGGAAGUCGCGACGAGACGCGCCGAACGCAUCGCUAAGGAGAAGAUGAAAGGCGCUAGCGGCGGGAGCGGCGGUGGCGGAGUCACGAACGCCGGACCUAGUACCGGUGCACCGCAACGCGUCGUGGUAGCGGGUGGGGGCGGAGCGAGCGCCCAAGUUGUCUACCGGCAACAGGCACUGGCCGCCCGGCAUCACCUCAAGAUCUUGCACCAUUCCGCGCCCCCUCACUCGCAGAGUGUGGUGACGAGCGGCAGCGGUACUAGCGUCGGCGGAAUGGUGGCCAGCGUGGCGAGCGUCGAAGCAGCUACGGCCGCGACCGGAGUGGCGGGGCAGAAUGCAUUGCGGACCUUGCAGCUGCAACAGCUGGCUCUGCGUCGCGGUGCCAGGCCUCACCAGCACGUGGUGUUGGCUCACUUGGCGCCGGCUCCUGCUGUCGCUCAACAGACUGUCCCCACCACCCAGCAAUCGGCUACCACGCAGCAUCACCACUCACAUGAUACGCGACACUGA